GUCGCCGCUGCAUGGGGCCCCCCGGGCCAGCCUGACCCCUCGCCGAAGCCCUUCUGCCGCCGAAGACGGGACCAGCCGAGGAGCCGCGACGGGAACCCCCGGCUGCCCGUCCCCGGCCGGACCCUCCGGAGCUCGGAGAGACCCCCCUGUGCCCCGUCCCCAGGGGCAGCGGAUCCCUGGAACCUCCCCGGGACUGCCCCGGCCAGAAUCCUCCGAGACACGGCGAGACACCCCCCGACUCAACCCAUUGCUGGAGCAGAUACCCCGGCCCCCUCCGAAACCCUUUCCCGGAGCAAGGGACCUCCGAGGGCCCAGGAGCCGGCACCCCUGGGGACCCACCAGCUGUCCCCGCCGGGGCGAAGGACGCCUGGAGCCCGCCACGAAGGACCCGGUCCCCCGGCCCGCAUCCCCGCUCCCGGGCUGGCCCCAGUCCACAGCGGAUCCCGUUUCCAGGGCUGGGGGCAGCCGGGCUGCCCAGGGCCCCCCGGCUGAGUCGGCCCUGAGCCGGCGGGGCAGCCGUGGGGUGUCGAGGACCCCCGGGGGGGCUGCGGCACCCUGCAUCCCCCCGGCUCCAUGGCGGCCAAGUGGUUCAAGGAGUUCCCAUCCAACCUGAAGACGGUUUCAGAGAGGGCUCGGCCGGGAAGCGGGAGCCUUGGCAAGAGCCGCAAGAACUCAACCGCUGAGCUGGGGGGCUAUCGGGCGGCUGGGGGUGGCAAGGAAGGGGGCAGCCGGCUGUCACGGGACAACCUGCAGUGUCUACUCCAGGCUGCCACUGGGAAGAUACGGAAGAAUUCCAGGGUGGAGGGAGGCACAGCAGAGGGACCCUCCAAAACCUACAUCAACCGCCUCAUCAAGGUGGAGGCUUCUGAGAAGAAUGGGAAGGGGCACCCUGGACCCCUGUCUGGCAGCCUGCCUGCCCCCGAGCAGGACAAGGGGAAGGCCCCCAAGACAGAGACGGUCAUCAUCCUGGAGGAUUACGCAGACCCUUAUGAUGCCAAACGGACCAAGGGGCAGCGGGAUGCUGAGCGCCUAGGGGAGAAUGAUGGGUACAUGGAGCCCUAUGAUGCCCAGCAGAUGAUCACAGAAAUUCGUCGUCGUGGCUCCAAGGACCCCCUGGUCAAAGCCAUCCUGCUGCUCGACGGUCCUGGAGAACCUGGGGAGGGGGGUGCCAAAUUGGAACUUGCCAAACGGCCAGGGGGCAAGGAGGUGGCAGGGAAGGGGCCACAGCUCUAUGACACCCCUUAUGAGCCUGGGGAGGGCGUGGCUGGGGGAACCCCAGAGCGCAGGGUGAGGGCUGGUGAUGGGCGCCUGCCUGAGAAUGACGAGCGCCCGGCGGGGGAAUAUGAGCAGCCUUGGGAGUGGAAGAAGGAGCAGAUUGUCAAAGCACUGUCAGUCCAGUUUGAGGGCUCGGAGCGUCCUAAGGAGGAGACGCUGCGGCAGCAUCUACGCCAGAAGAGCUGGACCCCCAAGAUGCUGAAGCCGGCAGGCACCGAGCACAGCGAGGGGGAGCGGGUGGACCCUGCCCUGGCACUGGAGAAACAGCCCUGGUACCACGGGGCCAUCACGCGGGCCGAGGCGGAGAGCCGGCUGCAGACGUGCCGGGAGGCCGGCUACCUAGUGCGCACCAGCGAGAGUGGCAGCGGCAAGUACUCCAUCGCGCUCAAGACCAGCCAGGGCUGCGUUCACAUCAUCGUGGCCCAGACCAAGGACAACAAGUACACGCUCAGCCAGGCCAGCGGCGUCUUCGCCAGCAUACCUGAAGUUGUGCACUACUACUCCACUGAGAAGCUGCCCUUCAAGGGGGCUGAGCACAUGGCCCUGCUGCACCCCGUCCACUGCAAGCCGCAUUAACGUCUGCUGACACCGCCCCCGAGUGGUCUGCGACCUCUACCCCUGUGGCAUGAGACACAGUGCGGCCACAGCGAUGGGCAUUUGUCAUUUCUCCAGUCCUGAAUGGAUGCCACUCCUGGACUCAAGCAGGGCUGUCCCCCUUUUGCUGGGACAAAUCCCGACCACCCUGUAACAGAACCUACUUGUCACAGGGCUGCCCACAUGCCCGAGGUGGGAGCACACAGUGAGACUGGGACCUGUAAUGAUCUAGUAAAAUAAACCUGCAGGCUGAGAAGAAGCAGUGGUCCGGUGGCAGGCUUGGGAUGCGCCUUGUGCUGGCAGGAGUCACCACAGUUUUGGGGGCCAGAGGUACUGGGGCUCCCCCAACAGCACAUCUGCAUCCGGCCAGGCUUUUUAUAGCAGGAGGCCAGCAGAAGGGAAGUGGAACAUUGUCCCAUGGGUGCUUGAGCACCCUCUUCCCUCGUCCUGUGGUUUCCUGUCUGGGUGCAGCUGUAGCUCCCCUCGAUGUUGCACAACCCAGCAUGGGGUGGGCAGUGCAUGACA